CAUACUCAAGUACGUAGACACAUUCCUGUUCUUUCGCAAAGUGACAGCGGCGAGCCAUUAUACCUAACAGACGAGAUGGGUCCCAAAAACCGCAACAAUUUCGAAUCCUCCGACGAUGAUGACUUCUCAAACGACGAGUUUGCCAGCUUCGAUGACGACAACGGCGGGUCAGAGGUGAACUUUCAGGUUCGCGAUAAGGACUCGGACGAGGAGGAGCUCGAGCGCCUUGUCCUCGGCGACACUACCACUUUCAGAUCACGUCUGUUUGAAGACGACGACUUUCUUCCCGCUCAGACCGGCUCCAAGGACUUGCAAUUGGCGCAGGAUCAGUCGUUAAAAGCCACUGGCAAUGAAGCCAUUGACGACUCGGCCCUGUUCUUCUUUGCUACUGAGAAGGAGCCUGUCACAGGGAGCCAACAGCUCGCGAUCACUCCUUCUGGCAAUAAGUCGAGUGACCCGACAGCCGGAAACGAUGUGCCGGCGUGGGAGGACAGCGACGACGAAAAGCUGUCCAUUUCGCUUGCUGGUGCCAGCAGGCUGCGGAAGCUGCGUUUGACGGAAGGGGAGGAUAUUGUGAGUGGCGCGGAGUACUCCAGGAGGCUGCGCCAGCAGUAUCUCCGGUUGAACCCGCAGCCCUCGUGGGUGAAGGAUGCAGCCGCAAGGGAGCCAAAGCGGCGACGUAGGUCGUCAGCAUCCUCGGGCUCCGACAGCGGUAGCGGCUCGGAUGAUGAAGAUUUCGGCACUGCCAUGCCUCUGGAGGAGUUUCUACGGGACGUCAGCGCUCUUACGGACGGCGGCUCGCGGAAGAGGAGGAAGUUGCGACCAGAGACUAUCAACAUCCAAAAGACGCGCGACAUACCAGACGUCCACAAGGGGCCCGUCGAGUCCCUCUCUUUCCACCCGCAACACCCCGUUCUCCUAUCAUCCAGCACAUCCUCAAUGCUUCAUCUUCAUCACAUAUCGCCAGCUGCGCACCCUACUCCGAACCCACUCCUAACGUCGGUACAGGUGCAAAACACUCCAAUCAGGAAGGCCGAGUUUCUUUCACCUUCGGGCGAGCAAAUCGUCUUUGCAGGUAGACGGCGUUUCUUUCAUUCUUGGAACAUAUCGACAGGACAGGUGACCAAGGUCAGCAGGAUACAUGGCCAUCGCCUAGAACAGAAGUCGGUGGAGCGCUUCAAGUUGAGCCCGUGUGGGCGCUACAUGGCUAUAGUAGGAACGGACAAGAAAGGGGGUGGCUUGCUCAAUAUUAUGCGUGUCGGCACCAUGCAAUGGAUUGCUCAAGCGCGGAUGGAUGGACGUCAUGGAAUUGCAGACUUUUGCUGGUGGAGGACAGGCGAGGGCAUGACUAUAUUGGGGAGAGACGGCCAAGUUGGAGAGUGGAACCUCGAGGCGAAGAGGUUCGUCGGUAUCUGGAGGGAUUCUGGUUCUACAGGUGGAACGGUACUUGCUCUCGGUGGCCGGGAUGGGCCAAGUGAGCUGGGAGAGGACCGCUGGGUGGCCGUCGGCUCCAACGUCGGUAUCCUGCAGGUAUAUGACAGAGACGACCUCGUUCUGAGACCUGGAGUCGGCCAGGAGGAUGAGGUGACGGUCAAGGAGACCCCAGAGCCGACCCGCGCAUUUGAGUCGUUGACAACGGCGAUAUCUGUGGUCACUUUUUCUCCCGACGCCCAGCUGCUGGCUUUCGGCAGUAUCCACAAGAAGGAUGCGCUCAGACUGGCACACAUCCCGAGCUGCACGCUGUACCGCAACUGGCCUACAUCAGAGACGCCGUUUGGCAGGAUCACGGCGGUGGCGUUUGGGAUGCAGAGCGAUCUGAUUGCCGUUGGAAACGACAAAGGAAAGAUCCGCCUAUGGGAGAUCAGGAGCUAGUUGACCCCCUGGAUUUAGUCUACCUAGUUGAAAGUUGACUGCUAUUGAAGGCAACAGCCCGUCGGAGAGGUUGAGCUCCACUGACGUCUUACUUCUUUUCUAGAUCUAAGUCCUUUCUUUUGUUUUAAGGGUCUUCUUUACGGCGCCCGGACAGCCAUCCGUGAUACGAUAGAGCGGACGGCCCGUCAUGGCUUGCUUCUUUUUACCCUCUAGAAUUCUCGAAUUUUCGAGACAUGUCUUGUUUAUGUCCAAUAUUGGCAUCUGAGAAGAAAAUCCGUGUAGGAGAAAAGAGAUCCCUUGGGCCCCUUUUUUUUUGCUACUUGCCCAACGUAAACGUUAUAAUUACAUGC